GGACUCGAAUUCUCUAGAAGCCAGCACACAGUACUCAAAUUUUACCUUCUCUCUCAACACCUCUCCGCAUUCCCUCCUCUCUCUGUAGACAAGAUCAUUCUUCUGUUCAUCUCCUUAAAAUACUCCUCCAUUUCAGCAAAACUCACUCUUGAACAACCCUAAUAUACCCAAAAUCUUCAAUUUUAACUUACAAGUAAACCCUUUAAACCUCCAAUCGUUUUGAUAGCUUACUGUUAAAAAAAAUCUCACGCACACAUACUGAGGCAAUAAGAACUAUAAGGAGAAUUUUAUUUACGUUUCAAUUAAGUAGAAUUUUGUUGGGUUUUUACUAUUGGGUAGAAAAUGGCGGGGCGGAGAAGGAUAGGAGAGGAAAGAUUGUACUACAGUCCACCAGCGAUGAGAAAGUACAACCAGCAACAGCAGCAGCAGCAGCAAUUGAAGUCAAAGUCAAAAUCUUCACCAUUACCCGAAAGAAGAGGAAUCGGGUCGGAUUCAGACGAUGGAGCUGCUCCAUCAAAAACCAACUUGGAUCGUUUCUUGGAGCACACCACCCCUGCUGUUGUAGCUCAGCGUUUCCCUAAGUCACGUGUAAGGGGAUGGAGAAAUCGUGAUAGUGUGCUCCACUCAUACUUCAUACUAGGUGAUCUUUGGGACUCUUUCAGGGAAUGGAGUGUAUAUGGAGCCGGAGUUCCGCUGGUUCUGAAUGGGAAUGAUUCUGUUGUCCAAUAUUAUGUGCCAUACUUGUCUGCUAUGCAACUAUAUGUAGAUCCAUCAAGCUCCUUGAUGGAGAUAAGGGAACCUGCAGAGGUGAGCGAUACUGAUUCAUCCCAGGAGACAAAUAGCGAUGACAGCAGUGAAUGUGAAGCUGAUAGAGGAGCUAAUAAUACUAGGGGCACUUGGAACCAGCUGAACACCACAGGCCAAGGAUAUAACGAAGUUCCAGUGAGAAACAAGCCUUUCACGGGAUUGUCAGUGGAUGAGGGCGAUGUUAGCAACCCUCCUGGUCGUCUUAUAUUUGAGUACUUGGAGCGGGAUCUUCCAUUUUUCCGUGAACCAUUAGCUGACAAGAUUUCUAUCCUUGCAUCUCGCUUUCCUGAGCUGAGAACAUACCGAAGCUGUGAUCUGACUCAUGCAAGCUGGAUUUCUAUUGCUUGGUACCCCAUAUAUAGGAUACCCGUAGGCUCUACUCUGGAAAACAUUGAUGCCUGUUUUUUGACUUUCCAUUCCCUUGCCACAUCUGUUGGGAAUGCAGGAAACGAGAAGCCACAAUUCCAUGUUUCAACGAUGGAUGAAGGGUUGCAGGAUGCGGGCUUCUCCUCAAAGCUCUCACUACCAACUUUUGGACUCGCUUCAUACAAGUUCAAAGUUUCUGAUUGGAAUGCCGAUGGCGUCAAUGAAUGCCAGAAGUUCGAUUCUCUCUUGCGAGGUGCUGACAACUGGCUUAGGCUGUUGAAGGUCAAUCACCCCGACUACAGUUUUUUCGUGUCCCACAACUCGUACUGGAUUUGAGAUUACAACUUAAGAAAAGCUCGACAAUUGUGGUACUAGAAUAAUCGGUGUCAGUUGAUAUUCAGCCUUUUUGUUUUGAGGCUCGAUAAUUAUGACGAGCGGUAGAUUGUGUAUAUAACUUUUUGAGUAUUUAGAAGUUUACAGUUGAGUAAUAUUAACAUUUGGAGGUUAGUGUGCAUACAGUGUCUAUUCCUUUAAAGAAAGGCUUGGUUAGUGGUGUAUGACCAUAUGCCAAGGUUCUGUAUUGCGAAUUAA